GGCCCAACGACACCGAUGGAACACGAAUGAGGAAAUCGCGGCGAUACUCAUCAGUUUCGACAAACACAGCGAAUGGCAAUCCAAAGAAGUCAAAAUACGGCCAAAAAGCGGCUCGAUGCUGCUGUACAGCCGGAAGAAAGUGCGGUACCGACGCGAUGGCUACUGCUGGAAGAAGCGCAAGGACGGGAAAACCACCAGGGAGGAUCACAUGAAACUCAAGGUCCAAGGCACGGAGUGUAUCUACGGUUGUUACGUCCACUCAGCCAUUUUGCCGACUUUCCACCGCAGAUGCUAUUGGCUGUUACAGAACCCUGAUAUAGUGUUGGUUCAUUACCUGAACGUGCCCUAUCCUGAUGACAACAAGCUGGCCGCAGUCGCACCCAGUUUGGCGCUCUGGGCUGACAAGAAAGAGUGGACGAAAGAUGAACUGGUCAGCCAACUCAAGCCAAUGUUUUUCAGCGAAGACGAGCCAGACAUCAACAGUGACUUGGAAAUCACGGGCAAGAUGUUCCAAACCGCUGAAACCGUUGAAGCUAUCGUCGGUCAGCUCAUGGAGAAGCAACGAGCAGCUAGAGCAGCAGCUUUAGCGAGACAACUGGAAUGCAGUUGCCCGGAUUCCACCUGCCAGGAUUCCAGAAACUGCACUCAUCCGUUGCGACGCAUCCAAGCUGCCAAAGCGCCCGCUUCAGAUCACCAUGUAUCGUCGACAACCGGUCCUUCCCCACGUCCAAUGAGCCAGCCUCCUCGUCAAUAUACCAGAGAUCAUAGACCUAGUCCACAGCAAGCAUCACCUUUGCUGCUAUCUCUUGGUCAAAUCCAGGGCGGUGGAGGCCUGCUCAUACUAAAUGGCACCAGCAACACAACACAACAGCACUCAUCACUGGUUUCUCCUCUGUCUGUAACGUCAUUUGUUUGUGAAGAUACCAGAGAUAACAGAUACAGACAACAAUACAAGCCGACGUUUGUACUGAAGAGAGAAAUACCGGACAGCCAACCGACUUCUUGCAUUCAAACUACAGAAGCAUUUGAAGAUAAGAAGCCGGAAAUGAGUUUCGAUAGGAAAAUAAAAGUGGAACCAAGAACAAGGAACCAGAUGGUGGCGAGCGCUCCGGCUACACCAUCUCGAUACCCUGAUUUGGUGGAGAGGUUGGAGAGUAAAGUGUUGACAGAAAACUGUGAUGAUACCCUAGUGCUAUUAGGAACUGACACUCAUCUCGGGUCUAAUGGGUUCUUUGAUGAGACAUUAGAAUUAUCUCACGAAGAUAUACAGAAAACUUUAUCAGCUAACAUGCCUACUUGUGAGCUAGAUCGAAAUGGAGUACGAUCUACAGACACAGCGAAUGUUAUGGUGUCAGGAAUCGAUACAAUGGACUUUAUCGAGAGCUGUGAAGCGGUUGCAUCUCCUACACAAGUUGUUGACGAUAAUGUGUUUGUCAAUCUAGAUGCUUUUGAUAUGUUAGGAGAUUUUCCUGAAUUGGAAGUUUUGGAUCCGACAUCGAUAUCUACUAAUCCCGUGACAUUAUGCGGCAAGUCACCUAUAGCUGAUGACGGCAGUGAGAAGAUGCAGACAGAAACAAGCGAAGGAGCUCUUAAUAUUACAGACUAUUCACCAGAAUGGGCAUAUCCUGAAGGAGGAGCAAAAGUUCUUGUGGCAGGACCAUGGACGGAAUCCGCCGAUCAGUACACAGUGCUGUUCGACAAUUUUCCUGUACCAUCGGUCUUGGUACAGAAUGGCUUGCUGAGAUGUUACUGUCCAGCUCACGAAGCUGGGCUAGCGGCGUUGCAAGUGGCUCGCGGAGGACGCGUAGUAUCAGAUGCUGUCGUCUUUGAGUACAAAGCGGGUCCGACGCCGGCACCAUCGUCUCCCGCAUCAGCACCGCUACCGUCACUCGACUUUAGACGGUUCUCAUUGCUGCAACGCUUACAGCGGCUGCACGGUCGCCUGCAAAUAAAAAAUGAGCCCAUGGAUGAAAAUAAUCAGCUUGAAGACGUCCAAAUCUACUCAAACCCGAAAUUCGAAGAGCGCUUAGUUACAUUUUGUCAAUCAUUGAGCUCAAGGUCGUUUGGUAAUCCCGAAGGGUUUACCACAGAGCCUGGCGAGGAUGGUUCUACGAUCCUACACUUAGCUGCAGCUUUAGGAUAUUCGAGGUUGACGACGGUCUUGCUCCGUUGGAGACAAGAUGACAGUAGCCUGGCGUUGGAGAAAGAAGUCAAUUUGGGUGCGAGAGACAGCGAUAACUGUACGCCUUUGAUGCUUGCUAGUGCUGCAGGUCACACGGAAACGGCCGUAGUGCUAGCACGAUGGAGUGCUGGAACUCAAACAGAAGCUGGUGCCAGACAGGCUUCUACAGCAGCAAGGCGUGCUGGCCACAUUAAGCUGGCCACUAUGUUGGAUAGGAUACAUCCACCGCCGAAAGACGGAGUGUUCGUAAGACCACAUGGAUUAUCCCAGAAAGGUCGCACGAGUAGCUUGGAGAGUAAUCUUGUUAAAAGACCUUCUAUAGACAGCGGCAUAAAUAUGGCUGACGCAUUUAGGUCUAAUUCUGCUAGUGAAAAAUUCGAAGGAAGCUCAUCAACUAGAUGGGAAAGAAGCACGUCAUUGCCAUUAGAUUCAGAUAAUUCAGAGGAUAGUCUUGGUGACGCCAAGAUCGGUAGGAGAAUGGACUUAGCCCUCUGGGAGCAGGACGACAGAGUGUUCACGCUGGCCGAACAAAUCAUAGCUGCUAUGCCAGACAGAAUCAAAAACGAAACCUCAUCCCUCCUAUCGGGGUGCGGCUUGGAGACUGGUAGCGGUGAAGAUACGCUUAUGGUUCCCUUACUCGAUGACACUACCACUUUUAGCACCGAAUUUAGUUUCGAGUUCUGCGAUAAUACAUACAGGUACUGUGGAGGUUCGACCCCGUCAUCGGGGUCAGUGUCCCCGGGGUCCACGUUGUCUCCGCCGCCCCCCUCUCCGCACGCCGCACCCCCUCACUCGUCGGCGACACUACAGGAGUUCCUCAACACUACCACUCACUUCUCCAAUUUGACAUUGAACGAUCGGGAGCAGCGCGAGUUAUACACAGCGGCCAUCACGAUACAGAAGGCGUAUCGUCAGUACCGAGGCAGACAGUUGCAACGGAGGGCAGCAGCGGCGGCUAUCACUAUACAAAACUGCUUCAGAAGAUACAAGCAGUUCGCCUACUUGAAGCAAAUGCACGCUGCGGCUACCGUCAUUCAGCGAGGUUACCGCUCUAUGAGAGCCAGGAGAAUCUCUACCCCCACCGUCAAGAGAACGUAUUCGCAACGACGUCAAAAUCAAGCAGCUCGAAAAAUACAGCAAUUCAUGAGACAAUCCAAGAUAAAGUUACAGAACGCACGAGCCGAAAGCGGGAAGGUGGUCCGGCUGUCGCAGGAUGUCCGCCGAAACUCAUUGCAGCGCAUUACCAAUACACCAACCACGCCCAAUAGGAUUGUGGAUUACUUAGCACCGGAGUCUCCUAUGAACGCUGACGAAGAACUGUUGCUUGAACUUCUGUUCAGGAUGUGACCAGGAAAUUACAAUACCAACGUUAUUUUGACCUGGGAAUAAAUACCCUUUAUUUUAAUACUUCACCACAUUAGCCGUUUUCUCUUGUAGUCUACUCUUCUAGAUUAGACUAGUCCUUCGAUACUUUCAUUUUCACUAGUUUCUUAUUAAAACUUUUUUCUUAAUAGGAUUUAGAAUCACAAAAAUUCAAGCAUUGCAAAGUUAACGUUUUGAGCUCUUCAUCGACUGUUUUUCUGGUGAUAGAUACACUUCCAAAACAGGUCCUUUAAUCUCGAGAGUUGUGAAAUAACUCAAGCCUUGUCUAUUUUUUAAAUUUUGAUCCUUCUUUUGGAAUAUCAAAUGUGUAGUUAAAAUUUUAAGCAUCCUUAAUAUUUUCCAUCUAGAAUGGAGUUGUUUAGAAAAUACCACUGUUUUAAUUUUAUUUUCAUUUAGCCUUUCCUUAGAGAUGACUUGUUCAGAGUUUUUCCCUUUUCAUUUCGAACUCUUCAGGUCAUAGACAGGGUUAUAUUUAGUAUAAAUUUUAAUGUAUUUAUAUUUUCAAAAUGUAUUUUUGAGAUAUUUGUUUUAGAACGUUUAUUGGAAUCGUAUUUUGUGGGUAAACGCAAAAUUUAAACUUGAAAUCGAUGACGAAUUGGCUGUGUUAUCUUGACUAUGUUAUCUGAAUUUAAUUUAAUUAAACGUAAAUCGAAUUUUGCUUACGCCAAUCGUCAAUAGCAUUCCAAUAAGCCCAUUUCAAUGGUUUUAUCUUUGGUUGAAGUUUUGAUGUUUUGCUUUGAUCUUUAGAUGGUCAAGUCGUGGAUAUUAGAUUCUAUGUUUACGGUGACGGAGUUUAGGUCUAUUCGUAGUUUUAAGUACAAAUUCAAAUUAUUAAAAAA